GCCGGGCGGCUCCCAGGAUGCAGCGCGGGCGGGGCCGCUGGAGCCAAGAUGGCGGAUUUGGAAGAGCAGCAGUUGGGAGCCGAGGAGAAGGUUCGCAUCGCAGCCAAUUUCAUCACCCACGCACCACCGGGAGAGUUCAACGAAGUGUUUAAUGAUGUCCGGUUACUCCUCAACAAUGAUAAUCUUCUCAGGGAAGGAGCCGCGCAUGCGUUUGCUCAGUAUAAUAUGGACCAGUUCACUCCUGCCAAACUUGAGGGGUACGAUGAACAGGUGCUGAUCACGGAGCACGGUGAUCUGGGCAACGGCAGGUUUUUUGACCCAAAGAAUAAACUGUCAUUCAAAUUUGACCACUUGAGGAAAGACACCAGCGACGUGAGAACUCACGAUGGGGAGAGCUCAAUGGAAUCGUGGAGGAGUGCCUGUGACAGUGCCCUACAGGCCUACGUCAAGGAACAUUACCCCACAGGUGUUUGCACUGUUUAUGGGAAAACCAUAGAUGGGCAGCAAACUAUUAUUGCUUGCAUUGAAAAUCACCAGUUUCAGCCAAAAAAUUUCUGGAAUGGACGUUGGAGAUCAGAGUGGAAAUUCGCUAUCACCCCAACUUCAGCUCAGGUCACUGGGGUCCUAAAGAUCCAGGUACAUUACUAUGAGGAUGGGAAUGUCCAGCUGGUUAGUCACAAGGAUGUCCAGGAAUCCAUCCAAAUUACAAACGAAGCCCAAACUGCAAAGGAGUUGGUGAAAGUGAUCGAGGCGGCAGAGAACGAUUACCAGACUGCCAUCAACGAGAAUUACCAAACCAUGUCCGACACCACUUUCAAAGCCUUACGCCGGCAGCUGCCAGUCACCCGCAUGAAGGUUACCUGGAACACGAUCACCGGUUACCGGAUCGGCAAAGAAGUGCAAAAUUUCUAGAGCAGCUCAGGGUCUCUGCGCUGUGGCCAGCGUGUGGGGUGUGGUCUCACUGAAUGUGGAUUCAAAAGCUGUUCCUUCGCUCCAGUUUCUGCUUUCUUUCCGUUCUCCUCCCCCUCCCCCCCCCCAACCGUCCCCCAACCUCAACCCGUACAGUUUGUUAAAGGUUGGGGAAGCUCGCAUUGUUCCUGACAACUUUUGACGUUGAGCCUUGUACACAAGUAAUUCUCUUCCUCUUCCCCAACCGUUCUGACUGACGCAUCUGUAUAGAUCGCUAGGUAGCAAAACACAGGUACCAUCUUACCCCAAUAGACUGACGGUCCUACCACGUGUGGGGUGGGAGUUAAACGGUUGCCGCUUUGGCUUCACAAUUCCAGCCGCCCCCCCCACCACCACUUCGGUUUGGUUUUAAGUACAAUGGUUUUUGAUGUGUCAAAUUCUGGUAAUGAUUGCACACACACACACGGUUACCUUCUGGGAAUGCCCCUAGCUCAAAGCUGAAGCUUUCUGGCUGAUAGGUGAAUGAGCAUAGGUGGUGCUGAAGUUGUUUCAUGGCGACAAGUGGUUUGGAAAGGCAGCUUUGAUAUUGCUUGAGCUGUAGAGCUUUAUCCCGGACAUGGCUCCCUCCCGCCACCCCCCCCACCCCCAUGUCCACUGCUCCUGUGAGAUCGCACCUUCCCCGUCGCUGCCAGGAGGCAGGAGGCAUGGGUUCUGCUUGAAUAGCGCUGCUUGUGACAGAAGAAAGCUUGGAGCAUUAGAAGGGUCUGAAAACGUCUCUUUGUCC